GCCUAUAGCGGCGCCCCAAGAUGGCGGACACAAUGAGGAGGAGCCGCCGCGCCGCCGCCUGAGCGGGCCCGGCCCCGCCGCUCCCCGCAUUGCCCCGCCCGCGCUUAGCCAGCCGCCUCUCUCCGUCCUCCGCUGAGCCUCACUAAGUCGCCAGGCCCCUCUUUGCUUUGCCUCGCCUCGCUUUCCCGUGCCCCGGGCCCGCCUUGCCUUUCCCGGCCCGCUCGGCGGCCCCGCCCGCCCGCCCUCAGCGCGGCCGCCCCUUAGCGCGGCUCGGCCCGGCGGCAUGAAGCUGACGGACAACGUCCUGCGGAGCUUCCGCGUGGCCAAGGUGUUCCGCGAGAACUCGGACAAGAUCAACUGCUUCGACUUCAGUCCCAAUGGCGAGACCGUCAUUUCUAGCAGCGACGACGAUUCCAUCGUGCUGUACGACUGCCAGGAGGGCAAGCCGAAGAGAACGCUGUACAGUAAGAAGUACGGAGUGGACCUCAUCAGAUACACACACGCAGCCAACACAGUUGUGUACAGCUCCAACAAGAUAGAUGAUACAAUCCGGUACCUGUCGCUGCAUGACAACAAAUACAUUCGCUAUUUUCCUGGGCACACCAAGAGAGUGGUUGCCCUUUCAAUGUCUCCAGUGGAUGAUACUUUUAUUUCUGGAUCCUUGGAUAAAACUAUUCGGCUCUGGGAUCUUCGCUCUCCGAAUUGUCAGGGUUUAAUGCAUCUCCAGGGGAAACCAGUUUGCUCUUUUGACCCAGAAGGGUUGAUUUUUGCUGCUGGAGUCAAUUCUGAAAUGGUGAAGCUUUAUGAUCUCCGUUCUUUUGACAAGGGGCCGUUUGCGACGUUUAAGAUGCAGUACGACCGCACGUGUGAGUGGACGGGCCUGAAGUUCAGUAACGAUGGCAAACUCAUCCUGAUAUCAACUAAUGGAGGAUUCAUUCGACUGAUUGAUGCCUUUAAAGGAGCUGUCCUGCAUACAUUUGGGGGGUAUAACAACAGUAAGGCUGUCACGCUGGAGGCGUCCUUCACACCAGACUCUCAGUUCAUCAUGAUAGGAUCAGAGGAUGGGAAGAUUCACGUUUGGAACGGGGAAAGUGGGAUGAAAGUGGCAGUGCUGGAUGGGAAACACACAGGUCCCAUAACGUGUCUGCAGUUCAACCCCAAAUUCAUGACUUUCGCUAGCGCGUGUUCAAAUAUGGCCUUCUGGUUGCCGACUAUUGAUGACUAAUUCCUACACUGCAGCUACUGUCAGAUGAUUUUCCAUGCUGCUAACAGCAGUGUAUUCUUGCAAGGAUAGUAUUGGAAUUGCCUACAUCUUCUAGACUCUGAUCCCAUUCCUGUAUAUGUUUCCAUAUGUCUUACCUUAUUGGCUGCAUUCCUCUCCAAGGACUCCUUCAGUUGACCUCCUAGCAUGUUCAGAAGUGACAUACAACACUUCCUUACCUUGCAGACUAUGCCCAGCAGGCUUCAGCUGAAGUUGAAACUGGCACAGUAUUAUGAAAGCAGGGGAGUCUGCUUUAUUUACAGAAUGCUUGUGGCAGUUUUUAAGCUGUAAUUUUGUAUUCUCCAUAUUAAGUGCAUAAUACAAUUGAUGUUCCAAGGUGGAACAUGCAGUUCCUUCCCACAAGUGCAUGUUUUUCACAUCUGGGAUCUCUGUUUCACUGCAGUCCACGGAUGGAAAUUACUUCUGUGCCAAAUGUGAACACUGACAGAUUUCAACUCGAAGAACACAUGCUGGAGACUCUUGCAAUUGAACACAUGCUGAAAGAGUGGGUGACUGUACAUUUACAUCAUGCAUCCUGUCAUCCUUUUUUGGCAAUUUAGUGUGCAACAGACCAUACACAUCUUUGACACUGCCAGAGCUUUAAGAAGCCUCCCUGCUGUUUGCUCUGCCAGCAUCCCAAAGGGGGCACACAGUGCUGAAGUCUGGUCUGUGUCCCAAGCAAUAAAGGAGUCUGUCAGCAGGAAGAUGGGGAAACCAAACUGGGACUGAAAGCACAGUAUGCCUCUGUAUCUUCCUUGUGUAUCAUCUUGGCUGAUUUUGUAAAUACUUUUGGGGGGCAGUGGGAAUGGGCCAUAUUUUUUUACUUCUAGAUAUUAAAGAAUGUGAUGUGGGCCAGUGUU